UAAGUUUGUUUUUGCGGAAGUUCGCUCAGCUUUCGCAUCUUUCGUUUUCUCCCUUUCGGUAAAUUUACCGUAAAUGGCCGUAAAGCGAAAGAGAAAGCAGAUAGUACGCAGAUUGCUGGUAGUGUGCGUCCGCUGGGCACAUAGCGAUUUGGGGACACGUGAAUAGUAAGUCGUGUCGUUUCCGCCUUAACCCCAGUACUUGGGUCAUGUUAUAAUGUGGGUUUCUCGUUCUGUAUGAAUCUUUUUGUCGUAGCGGACAGGCGGAGCGUGUUUUACAUAACAGGGAUAAUGGCGGACAAGACCAAGGUUAAUCCGGCUGAGGAAGGCCCGGAGGUUGAGGGGAUCUUGGAAGAUGAAGAGAAUUUAGAGGACGAGAAACAGCUGGAGGAUCUCGAGGACGAGACCGACGCUAAGCCGGACAGAAGCGGCAGGUUCCUCCUGUUCGGGCGGAGGAAGAACAAGGAUGGCCAGCUAGGUAAGCAGGGCAGCAAUUCCAGGAUCAUUUGCCCUGACUUUCGGUACGAUAUGAACCACUGUCAGCUGGGGAAGUGCAUCAUCAUCAACAACAAGAACUUUAAAGCGGAAACAGGGAUGAGUGUGCGGAACGGCACUGACCGGGAUGCUGGGGAGCUGCUGCAGUGCUUCAGGAACUUGGGCUUUAAUGCCUGUGUGUACAACGACCAGACGUGCAGCCAGAUGGAGGCGCUGCUGAGGGAAGCUUCUCAGGAGGACCACAGCAAUAGCUCCUGCUUCGCCUGCAUCCUGCUCACCCAUGGUGAGGAGAGCUUGGUCUUUGGCACAGACGGGCUCAUGCCCCUCAAGACGCUGACCUCUCUCUUCCGGGGGGAUGUGUGCAGGAGCCUGGUGGGCAAGCCAAAGCUCUUCUUCAUCCAGGCUUGCCGAGGUUCCCAGUUUGACGAUGGAAUCGAGACGGAUGCCGGGCCCCCAAACGACACACUGGAGACCGAUGCAAACCCCAGAAACAAGGUCCCUGUGGAGGCCGACUUCCUGUUUGCCUACUCCACUGUGCCAGGUUACUACUCCUGGAGGAACCCAGGUCGAGGCUCCUGGUUUGUUCAGGCACUCUGCUCCGUGCUCAAGGAGUUUGGAAAACAGCUGGAGAUCAUGCAGAUCCUCACGCGCGUCAACUACAAGGUUGCCACCAGCUUCGAGUCCUGGUCUGAGGACCCACGCUUCACCGAAAAGAAGCAGAUCCCAUGUAUUGUCUCCAUGCUGACCAAGGAGCUGUACUUUCAGGGCUGAUCUGGAGCCUCCAGUGCUCACGCCAUCAGGGAUGAUGCCAUGUGCUGUGGAUGUCCUCAUUACUCUUUGUACCUUGGGAAUUUUCAGAUAUUUUUGGACCAUCAAUGUGGGAUAACCAGUGUGGGAAUUGUGCCUUAAGUGUGGGAUUUCAUGUGUAAGCACUUAAUAUUCAGCAGGAAUUCCGGUCUUAUCUGUAUUUGAUAAUCAUCUGCCAUUUACUGUCUGAGCCCUGACAGACAGAAGAUUGCAGGUGUCUCUGUUUCUGGAACCUUCCACCAAUCGUAUGGUUUUUAAUGAGUUGCUACUAUUUAGCUCCGCCUGGGCCUCACGGUUAUGGGAUUAUUGCAUAACUCAAAUUUUCUCAGAAAAUGUCAGAGCCCUUUGGCAUGACACACUAACAGCGAAGUGGACAGCCCCCACCUCUGCCCCCCACCAGUCCAUAAAGUCGGGUCUGCUGAUUUGCAGUGAUUUUUGGUGUGCGCUGCAUGUGUACAUUUCCACGUAUUACAGAUACAUGCUUGCCAGUGGAGAUAUAAGCACAUGACUGGGAAACUCGCACCCUGCCUAGUGACACCUCACUGUCAAUCAUAAAAGUCGCCAAAUAUAAACAGCGGGCAGCCCUUUGUCACCCGCGUACUGACACCAUGCAGCCGGUCACGCGUGCAACAUUACUGACGUUCCUGGGGAAACGGGGGGGGGGGGGGGUCACGCCUGCGACUGGACACCCUUACGGCAGAUGUUCACCAAGCCAAAGCCGCGUCUCUUUCAGUGUGACUCCCAAAGACACGCAUUGCUGGGCUUAGCUGCUCUUAUUCGAAGCUCAGGGUUAUUUCAUAGCCUAACUAGAACCGGAACCAGCAGCUAAAAUGGGCCGUGUGACCAACCCGCUUUACUUCACAUACUCUGUUCUCUCCAGUCCUGUUCCCUUUUUUUUUGAUUUUCAGAUAUUUUAAUAUUUGUCUGAUGAUGAUGAUGGUGUGACGAUGAUGAUGAUGAUGAUGAUGAUGAUGGUGUGACGAUGAUGAUGAGAUGAUGGUGCUAAGAUAUUAAGAUAAGAUAAGAUUCUGAGACCUUGAAGAGCGGAGAGGGAGAUUUCUAAACGGAAUCGGUGGAAUACUUGACAGUGUUUACAUGGUCUCCCUCAGGAAAUAUAUCUAUUGCUGUGAAGCAGGCAGUUCCAGGGAGGGAGGGGUCCCAGCAGCAGGAUCACCAAUGGCAAGACCACCCCAAGAUUUCUAAGCUGGGGGGUUUGUUUGAUAAGCUUGUAUGAUAACAUAAGAAUGCAAGCUCAAUAAAUGUGUUUUAUUACAACAGGA